AUGGCCAGUGGUCUGAUAACGGUCCCUCAAGAAAUCCCAAAUUUCUUUGGCAAGGGAAACGAUCAUCAAAUGCAGAGUCAGUCUCAUCCGCUUUCUGGUUGGGUUUGGGAAGAGAAUCGGUCUUCACAUCCUUUCUUUGACUCAGUUAACGGUCCUCCGCCGGACUUGUUGACAGUAAUUUGGAAGCUCCUUACUGGAAACACUUCAUCGCUUGAAUUGUUCAAAUUACUUCUCUCUGCAAAAUUGUUGAAUAUGCUGUUCAUUUCAUGGCUGCUACAUGUCAAGCCCAAACCUAACUCAGCUAGCCAUGAAUCAGCCACAAGGGCUGUUGACAAUAAUGUGUGGGAUGAAAUUUGCAACUUCAAGAAAUGUGUACCUUCAUCUGUGUUACACUGUUUAAGUUUCAACAUGACACUAGCUUACAAGAUUGCCUUUUACACCAAUCGGGUGGAGAGAAUUAACCAGCUAUUUCUACAACCAGACAUCAUUACCUCUGGUAUCAACGAAGUCUCAUCAAAUACAAAGCCUUUGAUUCGUCAAAUACGGAAAUUGCCCAAGAGAGUUAAGAAACUAAUGGAGAUGAUUCCUUAUCAAGAGGUAAAUGAGGAGGAAGCUUCUCUUUUUGGCAUGUCGUGGUUGCUGUUUGCAAGUGUCAUAUAUGUACCUAUAUUCCAAAAAAUCCCUGGAGGCAGUCCUGUUCUUGGAUAUUUGACUGCUGUCAUAUUGAUUGGACCUUAUGGUCUCUCUAUUAUUCAUCAUGUACAUGAAACAAAGGCAAUAGCUGAAUUUGAAGUUGUUUUCUUGAUGUUUAAUAUUGGCCUGGAGCUUUCUGUUGAAAGACUGAGUACUAUGAAGAAAUAUGUUUUUGGUUUGGGCUCUGCUCAGGUCUUGGUGACCGCAGUGGUGGUUGGCUUAGUUUCUCGCUUUAUUGCUGGUCAGCCCAGUCCUGCUGCAAUUAUCAUUGGGAAUGGCCUGGCAUUAUCUUCCACUGCUGUUGUCCUUCAGGUAUUGCAGGAAUGAGGUGAGAGCAUGUCACUCCAUGGACGAGCUACAUUUUCUGUUUUGCUUUCCAGGUACCUGUGUGGUCUCAGAAAUUAUGUUGACCUUGGAUGUCGUGAAGUCAAUGAAUUGCUUUUGGUGGAAUUUACAGUGUCUUCUGAUACUGUACAACUGUACUGUGCCAUAAUUAUGUGUCUUAAAGGUGAACAUUUUGGAACUACAUACACCUGUGUAAUGUAGAACACAGUUCUGAUCCAAUGUUGCACCAUUUCUGCUUUUAGGUGUCAUAAUCUAAGACAUGCAUUUAAGAUGCUUGAAUUAGCAGAAAUAAAGAUAAUGCGUUAAUAAGUUUAGUCUGUAUUUGUUCCUUAAUUAUCAUAUGUGAUCGCACCUUCAUAGUUUUUUUUUGUCAGUUAUAUUAUCUGAUUUGAUUGUGUUUGUCUCUUUUGAACUAUUGUUUUUAUUGGCUCCUUUUUUUUUUUU